AUGCAUACUGCGUUAAAUGUUGAAUUAAAAGCGUACACAAAGAUCAAGCUCUCACGAGCACAGAGGAUCUUCCUCAACAAUCAGUUCAGUAUAAAUCCAAAUCCAAAUGCUCAGCAGAGAGCAUUCAUUGCCGAUAGAUCAAUGAUAUCAGAACAAAAAGUUCGAAACUGGUUUCAAAACAGGCGCGCAAAGCAGAAAGACGAUCUAAAAGCCGCACCAUGCCUUGCUUUCCAUACAGUGGAUCUUGAUACUACUCUAUCAAUCUCAAUACAUCCUACAUCAAACGACCUUUAUCUUAGAAGAUAA